AUGUCAACCCCUACACAAGUUUAUUUAAUUAAUGAACAUAAAUUUAUAUUGCCGACAUCAAGCAAUGAUUUACAACACAAUAAUCAGACAUAUGUACCUGCGAGUCUUCAAUUUAGAGGAAGUAACGAUUUGAGUAGUCGCAAUGUACCGCCUUCUACUCAAAAUAACUUAGGUGCUAGAUUCAAUGAAACGACAUUAAAAAUGUAUAUGCAAGGAAAAUAUCAAACGAAUUUCAAAGAUUUGAGUAGGCAACCAGCAUACGAUGUUACUAAAAACGAUUUAACUAGUAGAAAAAGUUUAAGAGGAAAUUAUGAUACAUAUAGAACACCUAAUAGCCAGACAAAUAAAAACAACUAUAUAAAAAGUCCAAAUAUAUCGACGUCGACUCAAAGCAUCUUUAAAAAUAGCCUAGGCCCAGUUAAUAUAGACAAUUUUCAAUAUAAUGAAGAUAUAAUAUCUUUGAAGAAUGUUAAUAAUGACUUCACUCUGUCAACUAUUUCUCAAUACAAUAUUAGUAAUGGUCAAAGAUUAGUUACUACGACGAGUGAUGAAAAUAUUCAAGAAAAUAAUUCUGAACUGAAUUAUAUUUCAAACCAAAGUUUUAGUAGCACUAAAAGCAGUAGUAACCAAAAUACAACGACCUUCCAACAGUUGCCUUCUACUCAAAAUAAUUUACGUGCUUUAAAUGAAACAACAUUAAAAAUUUAUAUUCAAGAAAAAUAUCAAACGAAUCUUAAGGACAUAAGUAAGGAUUUCAGUAGCCAACCUGCUUACGGUGUUACUAAAAAGUAUUUAACUGGUAGACAAAGUUUAAAAUUAGCGUCUUUUAAUGACAGUUUCAGAGGAAAUUAUGGUACAUAUAAAACAGCCAAUAGUCAGCCAAAUAAAUACUACCAUAAAAAAGGUCUAAAUACUUCGACUCAAAGCAUGUUUCAAAAUAGCCAAAGGGCAGCUAUUAGAGACAAUUUUAAAUAUAAUGAAGAUAUAUCUUUGAAGACUGUUAAAAAUUACUUAUCUCCGUCAACUAUUACUCAUUACAAUAUUAGUAAUGGUCAAAGUUUAGAUACUACGGCGAGUGAAAAAAAUGUUCAAGAUAAAAGUACUGUACAAGAUAAUUUGCGUAUUCAAGAAAUUUUAAUUACAACGACACCAAUUCAAUCUAGUCAGCAAAGACUAAUAACAACUAUUAAAGGUAGUAAAAAGAAAAGUACGCAAGAUAAUUGCACUGCGAUCAAUAAUUUUAUUGGUCAACAAAUUCUGACUUUAGCUACACCUUAUAACAAAUUUAAAGAAAAGGUAACGGUGCCAGAAACUCAUUAUCAUCCAAGUUUAACAACACCUGUAAUCCAAGAUAAUUUUCAAGAAAACAAUCAGAAAACAUUUAAAGGCGAAAAAACUCAUGCUCAUGCAACCCACCACCAACCCACUCAAAGUUAUUUUAGUAAAGGACAUAAUUUUAGUUCUACGACCUUUAGAUAUAACAACAUACUCCUGCAGAUGAAUGGUGAAAAUAAUAAUGAUUUUACAACAUCAACACCAUCAACCUACAAAGGAAACAAAAGUUUUCCGUUACGAAAAACGCAGCAGUUAACAGGGUUAACAAUAAAAAACAAUGAUAAUAACAAAUCUGAUCUGUUAUGGAAAAAUAAAAUUCCAAAUUUACCACCAGAUUCAACUUACGACAUGACCACAUCAAGCAAUGAUUUACAAUACAGUCAUCAGACAUAUGUACCUGUGAAUCUUCAAUUUAGAGGAAGUAACGAUUUGAGUAGUCGAAAUGUAUCGCCUUCUACUCAAAAUAAUUUACGUGCUAGAUUAAAUGAAACAAAAUUAAAAAAUUAUAAGCAAGAACAAUAUCAAACGAAUCUUAAGGACAAAAGUAAGGGUUUCAGAAGGCAACCUGCAUACAGUGAUACUAAAACCAAGUUAAAACAAAGUUUAAAAUUAGCGUCUUUUAAUGACAGUUUCAGAGGAAAUUAUGAUACAUAUAGGCAGCCAAAUAAAAACAACCAUAAAAACAGUCUAAACAUACCGAAUUCGUCUCAAAGCAUGUUUGAAAAUAGCCAAAGCCCAGAUAUUAGAGAAAAUUAUGAAUAUAAUGAAGAUAACGCUUUGAAGAAUGUUAAAAAUGACAAAACUCCGUCAACUAUUACUCAUAACAACAUUAGUAAUGGUCAAAGUCUAGAUACUACGACUGAUAAAAAUCUGAGUGAUAAAAAUAUUCAAGAAAACAAUACUGAACUGAAUUAUAUCUUAAACCGAAGAUUUAUUAGCACUGAAAGUAGAAAUCACCAAAAUACAACUACAACUGUAUCCAAAGAUGAAUUUCAAAUACUUAAUACAGCACUACUAUACCUUAAAGAUCAACCAAUUUCAAUUUCAGAGACCUUAAAAAAUAUUCAAGAUAAAAGUACUGUACAAGAUAAUCUUCGGAUUAAAAAAAAAUUAGUUACAACGACACCAACUCAAUCUAGUCAACAAAGCCUAAUAACAACUAUUAAAGGUAGUAAAAAGAAAAGUACGCAUGAAAGUAGAACUGAGAUCAAUAAUUUUACUGGUCAACAAAUUCUGAGUUUAGCUUCACCUUAUAAUACAUUUAAAGAAAAGGUAACGGUUCAAAAAACUCAUUAUCAUCCAAGUUUAACUACACCUGUAAUCCGAGAUAAUUGGCAAGAAAGCAAUCAGAGAUUUAAAGGUGAAAAAACUCAUGCUCAUACAACCCACCACCAACUCACUCAUAGUUAUUUUAGUAAAGGACAUAAUUUUAGUUCUACGACAUUUAGAUAUGAUAACAUACUAGUGCAGAUGAAUGUUGAAAAUAAUAAUGAAUUUGCAACAUCAGCACCAUCAUCGUACAAAGGGAACAAAAAACUUUUACGAAAAACGCAGAAGUCAACAGGAUUAACAAUCAAUAACAAUGCUAAAAACAACUCUGAUCCGUUAUGGAAAAAUAAAAUACCUAAUUUACCACCAGAUUCAACUUACAACAUUUACAUAAAAAAUCCAACAGAAUUAAGAAAAGUGAAACAUACACUAACAACACCAGAAAGCGACAUUAUAAUUAACACUAAAAAGCCACAGUUAUUGGUGACCCAGUUUAAUAUUUCACAACAAAAUGUUGGUAAGUUUAAAAAUGUAGGUAGCAACUAUUUUGAUAAUACAACAUCGACAUCUAACAUCUCCCUAAAAUCGUCUGAUAUACAAUUUCAAGAAAAGGCCUUGAUCUCUACAAUUGUUCCAAGCUUAUUCAAAACUGUACUGAAUAAGGACAUCGCAAAUAGAAGUGUUCGUAAAUCGAAUAUUGCAGCACCUAACAAUUCAUCGGCAUAUAAUGUAAACUUAAAACAUAGCAGCAAAAAUAAUCAAACUCUAAUACUGCAAGACAACUUACAAUAUAUGAUAAGUAAUAAUAUUACAAACAAAACUUUGACAAUCUUUCCCACCGACAUGGAAACAAAUAUUGAAAUGAACGUAUCAAAAUCAAAAAAAUUGCCAUUAGGUAUUUUUAAUACGUAUAUUACUUCGGCAGUCGACUACACACAUAUUGAAGACAAAAUAAUACAAAAAAAUCUUAAAUUUGCUAAUAAUCUAAUCUUGGCUAAAACAAUAACGCCAAAUAUUCUCAAUGAGUAUCUAAAACCAACUAAAAUAUUGAGUAACAAUUAUUUUAAAUCAAUAAAAGAAAAAGGAAGGAUUGAUGAAAUUAAAGACGCCUUCACGGAUUUAGCAUCCAAUACUAUUUCUCCAUUAUGGACAGUGACAAAGAGUUUAAAUAGACUUCCGAAAUUGAAAAAGGCAACUAAACAUUCUAGUACAUAUGUUACAAUAAAAAAAUAUUAUCUCGAUAAUAUAUAUCGCUCGUAUAUAUCUCGGUUAUAUAGCGAUGCCAGAGAAAUUGCAAAUUACACUAUGGGAUAUAAUGGCAGUAACCAUUUAAGUUCUACUAAGCAAACAAAAUCUAUGAUUAAGAAUAAUAUUGAAGGAAUAACAAAAACUUCCCCAAGACCAUUUGAAUAUAAUCAAACAGAUAAAAUAGCUACUCAUAAUCUAAAAUCUGCGGUUACAGACUACAACGUUAAUAAAUCUAAGUCUGUAGCUACCUUGAGACGUCAGAAAGAUUAUUCGACGACCUUAGGUAAUAUAAGAAAACUGGAAAAUUCUAGCGUGAAGGCUGUAACUAGCGCUAUCUCUACACCAUAUAGGAACAAUUUAAAUAGAACAAGGAUGUUAAACCUUUCAUAUACCACCACAAAAAUCCCUGGAAAAUUAACUUAUAAUAUGAACCGAAACUCUUAUACUGCUAUUACAACACCUAUGGCUUAUCAUUACGAAAAUAAUAAAGGUCCACCAACGGCAAAGAUCAACUUAGGAAACGCUACUCGAAAAAUUUAUAAAGAAAUUCAAGUCAAAGACACGAAAAAUAUUAAAAAUGAAAUAAAGAUGCUGAUAGCUACACGCCCACUCACAAAUAAUGUUACCAUUGAUGAUUCAACACUAUCGGAUUCUAAUAUGAACUUUGAAUUACAUUCAGGGAAGCAAUUAAACAGCUCCAAUAAAUUUGUAUUUUUAAAGAUUGACAAAAGUACCACAGUAUCAGAUUUUACGAGUAAAAAUUUUACCAUACAAAGCCCUACUUCUAGAGAUUGGAAUAAUUCUAGUAGCCCAAGUGUACAAGAAAUUGAUACGACCACAUUAGAAAGUUUAAAAUCCGAACCGCAUCAAGGCCAAUUAAAUAUCACUCAAAGCGUUAUAUUACACAACAGAUUUAGACACGGGAAAUCGAAAAACAAUCGGGCGAUUACUGCUUCGUCAUCUAAUUCAUUGAAGCAAUGGACAACACUUUUACCGCUAACCGAACAAAAAAUUAAGCUUUGGUCUGUAAAAACAUUAUCUCCAAAACUAUUAACUGAUGUACAGAAUGGAUUACUAUUAUUAAAUCACAGUUAUUCUCAUAAUACAACACAACCAGCGCAAAAUUAUGUUGAAAAAGCAACCACGAGUGCCAUAAAAUCUCAAAAUUCUGAAUUUACAAAUGUUAUAAAACCUUCUAUAGCUCUCUUUACAACACAAGUUAGUGAAGAAAUACAAACAGGACAAAAUGUAUUAAGAGGUGUAAUUGAAAAUGAUAAGUAUGUAAUUUUUAAUAAUACAGUUCCAACAACUAAUGUAAUAGACCACAGCAAAUUCACAGUACAUCAAAAUUACAUGAAGACAAGUACAGAGAUGUCAAUAUUUAGCAAAUAUCGCAAAGAAAAUGAUGUCCGAUUUGCAAAAAGAGAUAAUUAUUUUACGACGGAUCUAAGAAGCAAAACUGCUAAGUACUCUGAUGCUAUAGGUAAAACUAAAAAGUCAAUGAAUCUAACAUCUGAAAAUAUCAUGAACACAUCAAAGAAGAUUUUAUACAACAAAAACCCAUUAGACAUAACAACACCGUUAUUACCAGAAAGAAUAAUCAAUGUCCAAAAUACCACGACAAUGUUAUCAUUCAUAACUAAAGUCGAUAACGGAGGCACAAAUGAAUACAAUAACUCAAACACAAUGAAUUAUAAUACUGAUAAUGUUUCUUUAUUAUCAAAACAAUUUAAUAAAAAAUUCCUAAAGUUCAAUGUUAAUCCUAUAAGAAUUUACAAUGACCUGAUAAAGAAAUCAAUUAGAACAACGUCGCCUGUAAAUAUCAUAGAGUUGAAAGUUAGCAUGCCGACGGAGGUUGUAGCAACAAGUCAAAGGAAAAGUGAAAGGUCGGAAAUAAAAGAAAUAGAAUUGGAUAUAGACCAAAAUGUAACUAAAACGAAGGAUUUACCAGUGCAGACACCUACAGAGACUUUCUUAAAAACAACAAAUUUCAUUAAUCCAAUCAAACAAAAUAACACAACUUUCACUAGACAGUAUCUGUUUAACAAUAGAUAUACAAUAGGACUGGAUUCAGAAAAUAUGAAUUUGCUAGGAACUACGACCCUUAAAGCAGAAAACACAAAAACGUUUGAUGAUCAUCUAAGUAUUUUGAAACAUCAUUUUGGAUUUGAUAAUAUUACUUCAAUGCAAAAUAAAACCCUCAACACUCUGCUGUUAGGCCGUUAUAAAAUAAUAAGAACUAGUACUACAAGUUAUGAAAACAAAGCUACACAAACAUUCCAUUUACAAAACCGAUCAAGGUCUCCAUUACAAAAUAUACGCAAGGAGCAAAAUGUAACAAAUAACAAUAAACCCCAAACAAAAUACUGUUCAGAUGUUUAUAAAGCAGUGUACUUACAGAACAUUUACCUAAAUAUUCCUAUAUUAGUAGCUAAUCAUAAUGACAUAAAUGUAUGUAACUUCUCUUAUAAUAUUGUUGAUAACACUCAUAGUAAUUUCACAACUAAACAGUUGAAUUUCAGCCACAUCAUCCCUAAAAACAAACUUUCCGAUUACUUGAAAAAUAUAUCGACACUCAUAUCAAGUAAAACCAUAGACCAGACAUAUUCCUCUGAAAAGGAUACACAGAAUGUGUUUAAAGAAGCAUUUAAAUUUAAGCAAAUUAAUCCAAAGACAGAGAUAAUAUUAACACAAACAUCGUGGCCUAUGACCACUGAAAAUAAAAAUGUCGCAUACUUAAAAACGAAUCCAAAUAUUAACUUAUUACCAACUGAAAGAAAAAUUCCCAACAUUGCAACUAAAAAAAAUGAAAGCGCGAUUAAGCCUGCUAAAGUUUCACUCGACACAGAUUUUACUACCGCCCUAUACUCUUCCACGACUAAAACAUUAACUACGUCUUCUUUCGUAAAUGUUGUAAAAGCAAUCACACCGCCUUUAAAAGUUAAGAAAAUUAGAUAUAACACUUACAAACCCAAGACUGAAGAAGAUUUUGACUCAACAAUAUUAAAACUUAACAAAAAAAAGUUUUCGACUAUAAAUACUGUACAGAAAGCGGUAACCAAGUCUGAUUAUCGAUUACUAAGCAGUACUACAUAUAAAGAAAAGAUAACAAGUAACAAGAAAAAUAAACAUUUAAAUCAUCUGAAAUAUAGCGGAGCACCCAAAGGGCCAGUCAAAGACAUGAGAAAAAUAAUUGUUCAUACAAAAAGUGUUAUGGAUCCUUUAGCUAAAACGAAUCUCUACCCCGUUCAACGAAUCCCAUCAACAAGCCAGAGGAAAGUAAUGAAAAGAAUUCGUCUGCAUAAGAAUAAGGAACUACUGGCAAUGGACACUAAUGAUUUCUUCUCUCGAAGACAUAACGAGGUUCCUGAAUCAAGAGGAAAGUCACAUGGUAUUUUAAGAAAAGGUUUCUUUACCCCCAAACCAAAGGAAUACAUUAUACGCCCGACAUUUAAGAUGAUAGAUAAGCCUCAAAGUUUCAGACCCAAACCAAUAAUAAUUGAAAGUGAUAGUUUUUAUAAGAAUCACUUUCCGCGUAACCGGGGUAAAAGUUUAUCGCUAAUAGAACAGGUUGACUAUUUCCGAGAUACGAUUAAAGAACCUCAAACAGUUUUAGAGCGACCCGCGUAUUUACCUCCACAUACAAAACCGAAGUUCUUGAGGGACCGGAUUGAUUCCAUUAGGAAUUAUGUUCACAAUUCUGAGUAUCUAAGGGCUUCUGAUUCUGCCGGAGAGAUCGAUAGAUAUGCAGUUUUUAGGGAACCCGAGUUCAAUUUCAGAAGGCAUGAGACGACGACGACUAUACGCACUACCGUGACAGAUUGGUGGUUAGAUGACAUGUAUUUGAAAGUGCGUCUUCCGCUGCCUAUUAAUUCCAGUCCAGGGAUGGUUUUCCCACGAAAACACUUCGCUAAGAUCGAUGAAGUCGCUGAUCUCGCCGCUCUAUACAUCGACGAUUUGCUCGACUAUAAAGAGAUGCUAGAUAGAGACGAACUACCACAGGAGCGAGCCACAAGUCGUGAAAAGGGUCAGCCUCUCUGUAUGGAACAAUUCUAUCGAUUGCUGGGUGUCUGCAGAGUACCAGGUGAAGGAAAAGAUAGACUGUCGCUGCCAAUACCACCACCAGAUCCUGACAACUGUGAAGAGCUGGUCAUCGUUGCUUGUAGGAACUAUUUUUAUGCGGUACCAGUGAAGGCGCCAGACCGUGGAAGACUCUCAGCGGGUGAAAUUCAGGCGCAACUUCUACACGCCUUAGUUGACGCAUCAGCUGCGCCGCCCGCCCCUCGCGUAGGUCUGCUCACUGCAAUGAACCGAGAUGACUGGGCGAAGGCAAGGGAACAACUUUUGAAAGAUGAAAACAACCGCAACAACUUGGAACUCCUUAACCGGGCGUUGUGCCUGGUGUGUCUUGAUGAAAGUGGGGGAGAUCGCCGUGACUGUGACACAGAUACAAACGCACUCCUGAGAGCCAUGCACGGUGCAGGGACACAGCAUCAUUCAGCUAACCGCUGGUUUGACAAGACAGUUCAGCUUAUAAUAUCAUCAGACGGUACUGUGGGGAUGUGUUACGAGCACAGCCCGGCAGAGGGCGUGGCUGUAGUGAGGCUGGCUGAACGCGCGUUGGAACGUGCGGAAGUAGCAGACCGGCCAAAACCACCUCCGACCCUCUUUCCUGCUCCUGAGAGGCUCCAGUGGAAGCUAACUCCAGAACUUAAUAAUACUAUUGAAAAGGCGGCACGGGAUUUUGACCGGGCUAUCAAGGACCUCGACCUCCGUGUAUAUACAUACCGCGGCUACGGCCGUGAAUACAUGAAGUCGUGCCGUACCAGCCCUGACGUCUACAUUCAGCUUGCUUUGCAGUAUGCCUACUAUAAGAUGUACGGACAUUUGGUAGCCACUUACGAGUCGUGUUCUUUGCGUCGAUUCCGGAACGGACGCGUAGACAACAUUAGGUCAUCCCACAGUGCAGCGCUUGCUUGGGCAACAGUUAUGUGUGCACCUGAGUCUCCGGCUACUUCCCAGACUGAUGAUGGGCAAAAGAAGGUCUCCUUUGAUUUGCAGGAGGGCCAAAAGAAAAUAGACUUAUUCUAUGAGGCGGCACGUAAGCAGACCACUAUAAUGGAAGCCAACAUCCAAGGACAGGGAACUGAUAACCACAUGCUGGGCUUACGCGAGGCGGCACGAGAAACCUUCGGCUCAUUACCUCCUUUAUUCACGGACCCAGCGUACCAGAAGAUGAUAGAGUUUAAACUCAGUACAAGUCAGGUGGCAACCACAACAGAUGGUACAUUCAUGGGUUACGGUGCGGUAGUACCCGACGGCUACGGCUGCAGCUAUAAUCCAAAAAAAGACCACGUCAUCUUCUGUAUAUCGUCUUUUGUAGCAUCGAACGUCACUAGCACAGAAGCAUUCAGACAGUCGCUGGAAGAGGCUUUAGACUCCAUGAAAGUCUUGUUUGAUAGCCGAAAGAAUGAAAAGUAA